AUGGCUUCUGCUCGGGCGGCCCUCAGGGCUCGCUCCCCCGUCUGCCGCCGGGCCUUCAGCCUGCCCGCUAAGCCGCAAACUUCAGCGCUCAGUCGCGUACUGGAGGUGUCGGAAGAGGUGCAGGAAGCUCUCUACGGCUCCAGGAAGAAGCCCGUCGUGGCGCUGGAGACGACCAUCUACACGCACGGCUUCCCGUACCCCGACAAUGUCGCCCUGGCCUCGCACCUCGAGAGCGUCGUGCGCACCAUGGGCGGCGUCCCCGCCACCAUUGCCAUCUUGGACGGCGUGGCACGUGUCGGCAUGGACCCUGAGGAGCUGAUCCGCAUUGCCGCCUCGGCCGGCAAAGAGGGCACGCUGAAGAUCUCGCGCCGCGAUCUGGCGUACGCGUGUGGCCUGCGCCUCACCGGUGCCGACAACGCCAAAUUCACCGGCGGCACCACCAUCGCCGGCACCAUGAUCCUGGCCCACCUCGCCGGCAUCAAGGUCUUUGCUACCGGCGGCCUCGGUGGCGUCCACCGCGGUGCCGAGUCCACCAUGGACAUUUCGGCGGAUCUUACCGAGCUUGGUAGGACGCCUGUUGCUGUCAUCAGUAGCGGUUGCAAGAGCUUUUUGGACAUUCCUCGCACCCUGGAGUACCUCGAGACCCAGGGCGUCCCCGUGACUACUUUUGCCGACGGGAGGAAUGGACGGGUGGACUUCCCCGGCUUCUGGUCGCGGGAGAGCGGGAGCCCCAGUCCGCAGGUCCUGCAGGACGAGAAGCAGGCAGCUGCUAUGAUCUAUGCCCAAAACGCCUUCCCGCUGGCCACCGGCCUGCUGAUGGCCAACCCGAUCCCGACGUCCGCCAGCAUCCCCAAAUCGGAAAUCGACACGAUCAUCAAGGACGCCGUCGAAGAAGCCAACGUGCUCGGCAUCACGGGCGCCAAGAACACGCCCUUCAUCCUGGCCAAGAUCAAGGAGCUCACCGGCGGCAAGAGCGUCACGGCCAACCGCGCCCUCAUCUCGUCCAACGUCGCCCGCGGCACCAACGUCGCCAAGGAGCUGCUGGCCCUCGAGGAGUCGCUGAAGGGGGAGUCUAAGCCGAGCAAGUCCAUCAAUAUACCCGUAGAUUCCUCGGCCGUGUCAUCGUCGUCGUCGUCGUCGUCGUCUGCAGCAGCAGUCUCUGAAGCACCUCCCACCACCAAAACCACUGACGCCAAGCCCCCGCAAGCAGAGACACCCGCAGCACAAGAAAACGUCGACGUCGUCGUGGCCGGCGCCCUCGCCAUCGACUUCGCCUGCAACUACGUCCCACCUCCCAACGCCGCGCCCAACACGCCCGUGGCGCUCUCCCCCAAACCCCACACGUCGAACCGGGCCUCGAUCACGCAGACCCUCGGCGGCGUGGCGCACAACAUCGCGCUCGCGGCGCGGCUCUCCGGCAGCGGCGUGCGGCUGGCCAGCGCCAUCGGCGACGACGCCAUGGGCCGCGUCGCGCUGGACCUGCUGCAGCGGGACUCCAAACUCGACGCGGGCAGCGUCGUGGUGCGCCCCGGCGCCCACACCGGCCAGUACGUCGCGGUCAACGACGCGCGGCGGGACCUCGCGCUCGGGCUGGCAGAUAUGGACAUCAUACAGGACACGCCCGCGCCUGCAGCUGGACAGGACAUCGGCAGCGCGUUCAACGCCGACCUCGCGGCGCUGCGGCCCGCCUGGCUCGUCGCGGACGCGAACUGGAGCCCCGCUACGCUGCGGGCAUGGCUGCGCGCGGGGCGGGCCGCGGGUGCGCGCACGCUGUUCGAGCCCGUCAGCGGCGUGAAGGCGGCGCGGCUGUUCGAGGGCCUUUCCGCUAAGCCCCAAGACCAGCACGACGUCCUGUACCCGCGCCCGCUCGCCGACCUCGCCACCCCCAACGCCCUCGAGCUCGCUGCCAUGUGGGCCGCGGCGCGCGAGCGCGACCUCUUCGCCUCGCCCGCCUACUGGGCUCUCACGAACGCGUACAACCUGCCGCAAGGCGGCGCGAGCGCGCUCCUGGCGCAGGCGACGUCGGCGCAGCUGGUCGCGCAGGGCGUGCCGCAGCAGGCGCUGCAGCUGCUGCCGCUGGUGCCGUGUCUGGCCGUGACGCUGGGGGCGGAGGGCGUGCUGGUGGCGCGGAUGGUGGGCGUCGAGGACGGGGACGGGCUGCGAAGUCCGCACGUGCUCUCCCGCUCGGGGUUCACGCGGGAGGAUGUAAGUGCCGGCAAGGCGCCCGUCGGGGGCGUGUAUUUGCGCCUGCUGAGGCCCGAGAUGGUGCUCAGUGGGGAGGAGGUGGUGAGCGUGAAUGGCGCGGGGGACACGUUUGCUGGGGUGUUGGUUUCGGCGUUGGCGAGGGGGGUGGGGCUGGAGGAGGGUGUGAGGGUGGCGAUGGGGGCGGCGGCGCUGACGUUGAGGAGUGUGAGGGCUGUGGGGGAGGGUGUGGGUGAGUUGGGGUUGGGGCUGGGUAAAAGGUAG